GUGGGCUGCCAGCUAUCCCCCGACAGAAGCAGAGGUGGCCUGAGGGUCUGGGCUGGCCGUGCAUACGACUCUUCGUUCCCUACCGGUUUUUUGUUUUUGAUUUUGUUUUUUUAGGAUUGGAAAUCCCAGCUGUUAAGGGCCUAGUCCAAGGCACUAGGGCACCUACGCGCCGAUGCCCCGAGUGUUCACAGGGCUUCCGGCUAACCAUGCUGCACCUACCUUGGCGCUGCCCUUGCUACUACCACUAUUGCUGGUGGUGUGGACCCAGCUACCCGUUAGCGCGAGGCCGUCCACAGGCCCCGAUUACCUACGGCGAGGCUGGCUGAGGCUGCUAGCCGAGGGCGAGGGUUGUGCUCCCUGCCGGCCAGAAGAGUGCGCUGCGCCGCGGGGCUGCCUAGCAGGCCGGGUGCGGGAUGCGUGCGGCUGCUGCUGGGAAUGCGCCAACCUGGAGGGCCAGCUCUGCGAUCUGGACCCCAGCGCUAACUUCUACGGGCGCUGCGGCGAGCAGCUCGAGUGCAGGCUGGACGGGGGCGGUGACCUGAGCCGAGGAGAGGUGCCGGAGCCGCUGUGUGUCUGCCGCUCGCAGCGCCCGCUCUGUGGUUCGGACGGCCGCACCUACCCGCAGAUCUGCCGCCUGCAGGAGGCCGCCCGCGCUCGGCCGGACGCUAACCUCACUGUGGUGCAUCCGGGGCCCUGCGAAUCGGAGCCCCAGAUCCUGUCCCAGCCUCACAAUAUUUGGAAUGUGACCGGACAGGAUGUGAUCUUUGGCUGUGAGGUGUUUGCCUACCCCAUGGCCUCGAUUGAGUGGAGGAAAGACGGCUUGGCUAUCCAGCUGCCGGGGGAUGACCCCCAUAUCUCUGUGCAGUUUAGGGGUGGACCUCAGAAGUUUGAGGUGACUGGCUGGCUCCAGAUUCAAGCUUUGCGCCCUAGUGAUGAGGGUACCUACCGCUGCCUUGCCCGGAAUGCUCUGGGCCAAGCUGAAGCUUCUGCCACCCUCACAGUGCUCACACCAGACCAGCUGAAUGCCACGGGAUUCUCCCAGCUGCAGUCCCGGAGUUUGGUUCCUGAGGAGGCUGCAGAAAGUGAGGAGUCGGAGGAUUACUACUAGUUCCAGAUCUCUGCAGGUGCACCCCUGCUGUUGAGAACGCCCCGGAGAAGACUGGAAAAGAGCGAGCAGGGUCCGUUCAUGGAUUGUUUAGUGCUCAGUGUAGCCUCAGCUCACCUGUCCUCAAAACUCAUUACUCAGAAGCUUCCGCUGUAGAGAUGAGCGCAGCGGGACUGAUUUAGUUCGGUACAGGGAGAGGGGUGGGGCAGCUCCGUGUCUUAUACACUCUAGGGGACAAAACCCGCCUAGCAGACGACUAGACACAGUGGGCACCAAUAAAAAAUUAUAUAAACAAACCGA